AUGCGUUUUCCAUUGCGACGCAACGCGAAUGUCCUAGACACGCUUCUAUCCGAGUCCUUACACAUUUUGGUGGUGUUCAGCAUAAUGGGUUGGCCAUUUAGUGGCAUGCAACAGUGUGAAACCAAGGGGAUGAAUGCGGGAAGUAUACAACAACAUAACAAACAACAACAUCUUGAACCACACCUGCAUCAACAAUACCACCAACAAAAUAAACAAAACCAACCAUACCAACAAUUUCACAAAGCGACUACGCAUAAAAUGCGCUACACGCAAACUGUAGCAAUGCCAGCUGUAGAAGCAGGACCCCUGUCAGGAUUAACAUUCCGACAUAGUGAAAUAGUAGCAGCAGUGCCAGCAAUAUAUACAUCAAAAGCAUCCUCGUCAAUGUCGUCAUCAUUAGGCACGCAUGACAUGCACUCGCCCUUACAGAUAAUUCCAAAAGAUUAUCAACAUAAAAGUGCGCCCACGAGUACUGCUAGAGGCAACGUGCCGUAUACGCAACCAAUCGCAACGACCACUUUGUCAGCAACUAACGAAGGCACUGCCCAUUCCAGCGUCAGUGUUACUGAUCUGAGCAAUAAAAAUGUUAAUGGUGUUAGUGCCCAGCCUGCGGAUAUCGGGCCACUCUCCGCGCUGGCCUCCCCAUUCGCCCUGUUAGCGCUGCAUCGAGUUUCAAAGGACACGCAACACAGCAGCGCUUACGCAGAGCUUCCGCCUACCAGUAGCUCGAAUGAUUCUCUGGAAAUGGAUAAUAUGGAUUACGUCAUGGCAGAACAUAUUGCUUCGCUGACGCAUGCAACAGACAACGGCACAAGCAUGAGUGCGAGUGCGAGUCCGACGCCGAAGGCGAAAACGAAUACGUACGCAAAUGCUAACAAUAGUAGCAACACUAACAACAGCAUAAAUAUCAACGCUUAUAAUAGCAGUAGUAAUAAUCAAACACAGAACGAAUUUAUGUCCUUAUCGUUACUAAGCAUGACCGACCAUAAUAUGGAAAAAUCGGCCGUGCCACAGAAAGUGUUGAUGGAUACGACCUUGACAUUUUCGAGCUCAGGCUCGGCUUCAUUGGCAGCGUUGUCAGCAUUAUCAUCCUCGUCAUCUGCCACGGCAGCAAACAAGCCAAAUCGCAAAUCGACGCAUGAUCGAACUGCCGCAUUCGACGCAGGGAAUUCCGCUUUGAAUAACAUAGCUAACAACAACAACAUGCAGCAUCUUGGUUCACAGCGCAUCAUUUUGAAAACGACAGCGAAAACAAAAACCACCUUAGCCACAGAGCAGCAACGAAACUCGGCACAGUACAACGCAAAGUCACAAACGUCUGCCGCAACAACAGCCUCGGCCACCACCGGUUCUGGUCCCACAAUAGCAGACUCUUCAGUAUGGCAACGCGGCUCUGGCAAGAAAGUGGAAAACAAAUACGUACUACCCAAACCACAAAAGACCGAUGCGCCAAUGCUUAACUACAUUUUCGAUACAUUCUCAUCCGCGAAUAAACACCAUCAUCAUGAUCAGCGAUAUGGACCCCACUUUGAGGAUGUGCAACGCGUGGGACAGCCAACAAACAUGACGGUGCAGGCGGGUAGCAGCAUACAUUUGAAUUGCAGAAUAUCACUGCUGCAAGAUAAGACUGUGUCCUGGGUGCGUCGCAAUGCACAGGGCGAGAAUGCGCUGGAUCUGUUGACGGUCGGACUGCAUACCUAUACCGGCGACAAACGCUAUAAAAUGGAGUUUCAAUAUCCGAAUAAUUGGCGUCUGAAAAUCACGAACGUGAAAAAGGACGAUGAAGCGAUGUAUGAGUGCCAGAUAUCGACACAUCCGCCACGAGUGAUACAAAUUAAUCUCUUCGUCAAUGCACCCAAAGUGAUGAUUGUUGACGAGUUCGGCGAUCCGCUACAGGAAAAAUAUUAUGAAAUCGAUUCGACGUUGCAGCUGUCAUGUGUGGUCCGCAAUGUCGCCAUGACCACAUCGGUUGUGUUCUGGAAGCACGGCGAUGAUGUACUCAACUAUGAUGUGACCCGCGGCGGCAUCAGCGUUAAAACGGAGCUGAUGGACGAUGGUGCCAAUUCAACGUUAUCCAUAGCGAAAAUCAACAAGUCCGACUCUGGCAACUAUACGUGCGCAAUUAGUGAUUUCCAAAACUUCAGCAUAGUCGUACACAUACUGAAUGGUGAGAGUUUCGCCGAAUUACAUCACGGUGCUGCAGCACCCACGGUUCCUAAGUCAUUCCACCAGCAGUUGGUGCUUCACGGCGCGAUACUUGGUUCACUGCUGCUGCUGCUGCAACUACUCCAUGCACCGCAUGAACCGUGCAUUUUGGUACACAGGUAA